GCGCGGGGUGACAUGGAGGCGGCGUGCGUGACAACGCACAAGUUCGUGAGGCGCGAGCCUGACUCUCUGCCGGGUUCGGUGCCCCAAUCGCGGCGGCGCUUCCAGGCCGACCCGGUCCUCACCGCCGCGGCCUACGUGCUCAACUUGGGGCGCGCACUUCGCGACAGACGGCCGCACGAUACCGUGGCCGGGGUUUGCACCGAAGAACUUCUGCAUGCUGUGGUGGCGUUGUACGACAGUGGUCUGCCAAAUGUGGGCUCUGAUGGCUUGUACUCGACCGUGUGCGCCAAAGGAACUCAAACCAUCAUGCUUCUCCGCAACAAGGAAGAGGCCACGGAGAGCUACGCAAGAAGGAGUCUGAAGGGAGCGGCGGACAACCCGGGCAGCACGGUCGCAGACGGGGACCCGUCCGGCGUUCACAGCGGGCUCGUCGAUAUCGUUCCCGACGAGGUGACGGCCGCACGGGCAGCAGGAGCCGACUCCGGCGAGUGCGCCGGGGCUGCGGACCCGGCGACCGGAGGGUGCGGCACAGGGGGCAGCGGUGACGGAAACACGGCACCAGACGAGGAAGCCGCCAGCAAGUUCGCCGAGGUCUACAGCGACACGGACAGCAGUGAAGGGAGCAGCUCCUCUUCAGAGGAGGAGGAGGAUUUCUCAGGAAGUAUCGACCAGUUUCUGCACGACGUAAGGAGGCGGCGCAGAGAGCGUGAAGCGGCUCCCGACGAUAUCGGCCCCUCCACCAUCGGGGUCGAGUGCUGCCUACUCUCAGCCCUCACCUACACCACUUCUCGCACGACGUCUGGGGAAAAGGUGUUCUUACUGCAGCUCAUGGCUACAAGGAAGCGUUUCCGCAAGUACGGACUGGGACGAUUCCUCCUGCAGAUGCUGAAGGAGCUCAUGGAGUUGUGGCAGUACGAUGCCAUCCUGGUGCACGCCGACAGCGGAGCCGUGAGCUUCUUCACUCACCACGGCUUCAGCGAUGAUGUCAUCCUCAACAGCAAGUUCAAGGAGUAUUCUGACGACUGGGUCAACACGACAAUGAUGAGCUACUUCCCAGAGUACUGCGCAGGUCGGAAUGCCAUCACAAAAGAGGAAAUAAGCAUAGACGUGAAGAAGAUGGAUUUGGAUAUAAAGUUCUGGAGGGAUCGCUCCUUGGCAGCCUACCAAGCACAGGCUGUGUGCAUAACUCGAAUGAAGAAAGAGAUACUGUCUCUCAGAGAUCAGCUGCUGACUCAGAAAAAGCACAUAGAAACCCUGGAAACUCAGCUUCAGCUAAGCCACGAGGAGAAGUCACAACUCCGGAUGGAGUCCACGAGUUGCAGAUUGCUUGCGGUUGAAAAGAUGCAUUUGGGAAUCGGACAACUCUCUCGGGGGUGGAUGGAUGACGGAGAAGAUAAUGCGCGUGUUGCGUUGUCCACGCAGCACACGGACGACCCGGAGCUACCGGGGGCGGAACACGAGACCCCCCCGUCGCCGUCAGAAGCCGGAGUGCUGGCCGCCCUCAUGGGGGCCCUGGGCACUUGGGAUGCGAUGAAAAAAGGCGAAGCAACCUGCACGGGCAUGACAGCGGGCGCAGGCGAGGCGGCGGGAGUACAGGAAGUCGGGCUGGAAACGAGGGAUCCAGCGGCGGGUCACAGCGGCUGCGGCUCGGGCGAGGACGCCUCCUGCGAUGAGUUUAAGUGGAGCGCUUUAUAGGUGGCACAGUUGUCAGAAAACAACUCCAUGCAUUCCCGUGGCUUGAACAAAACUGGAGGAAAUGUCUGAGUGUCUUCUCUGUUUUAUUUAUUGACUUGGAGCAGACAAAAAAAGCCCACAGAGAUACCUAUAAUUGAGUGCCAUUUUGUGGCUAAAAGUUACACUUCCAGGGAAGUGAUUUGCACUAUUGACUAUAGGCAGUUUCCCCAUCAGCGAAACCAGAGACCCUAGCUCUUUCUGAUGACUGGAUGGCUCUUAAGUGACAGCGAGCAGCAUUAAUAUGUGGUACUAUGUUUAGUAGCUAUUGCACGGUGCUGUAAUCCCACCAAUCCGAGUGAUUUCUAACCAUGGCUAACAUCAGUGUGGAAAUUGCCAUCUGAACCAGUCAUAGUCCCUCAUCCCCUUCACCGACCUGCAGCGACCGGCAUAGUGCAACACAGUCAAACAACCCCUGUAACAUAUUCAGUGUAUAGGCCUUUAUCUUGCAGUGGAUCAACAAAGGGCAGUAAAUUAUUACUUUGGUCCAAUUGUAUUGAGUGAGCGGUGUCCAUUAUUAGUUCACAUGGGCCUUAUAAACCUUUAUAGUGCUCACAGCUGGUGUUCCCAUCAGUGUGCCAAACUACAGGAUCGGACCCACAAGGUCAGCUUGUCUACUCAUUCACUACAUUUGCAUGUAAAUUGGAUAAUGCACUUGACACAUCAAUACUGUGGUAAGACACAGUGAACCGGAUAAAAGUGGUUAUUGAAAUAGGUAGUUUGGACAUCGUUUGAAUGAUUAGCAACUGACUGGCCAUAAAGCACCACGCUGGUGCUGUUCAAAUUCCAGUUCUUGAACGCCUACUCCGAUUCAAAAUUGACUUUGCCCAACCUACAGAUGUAUUGCAACGUGUAAUGUUUUAUUUAUAUGUGAAUUGAGUAGAUUGGUGUAGAUGGAAAUGUGGACCAGAAUGGAUCCUAUGGGGAGUGGUCUUUUAGAAACACCAUAUGACAACAGCCUUAACUUUUUUUUUAAAGUCACUUUAUUUUGUAAUGUUGAAAAAUGUGAAAAGUGUGAUAGCUGUCUGCUGUUCUUUAGUUAGUCUUGUCUUUGUAAGUUAAUAUUAUACCAAACAAAAGACUUUCCUGCAAAUUGUUUUGGUUGGUUUUAAAAAAAGGUCUAGAAAGACAAAAGGUUAAAAUGUACUUCAUACAUUAUUAUAAUAAAAAAUAGUACCAAAAUGUGA